CCUGUGCUCUGUCAGAUAUGUGCGGUCGGAGGUGAGUCUGGUUCAGACAUGGGUCCUGGCUGCAGCUCGUGGUGGAGGCGGCUCCUCCUCGUACUCGCCCUGAGCCUGGGGGCCUCUGCAGACCCUCAGUUCCUGGUGGUGCUCCCUGCGGUGGUGGAGUCUGGGAGUACGGUGAAGUUCUGCAUGAGUCUGCUGCAGGUCUCUGAGGAGCUGAACUUCACCGUGAGUCUGAUCAAAGACGAGAAGACGAGUUUACUCACAGACACAGUGGACGACGACACAAACACCUGCAGGACAUUUCAGGCUCCUGUUGUUGAAGAUUCUGAAAUCCAGAAUUUUGAGUUUGAAAUCAAAGGAAAAAACUUUCAACGAUGGGAAACUCACAAAAUCCAAAUCAAGAACCACGGACUGAAAACGUUUAUCCAGACCGACAAACCCCUGUACCUGCCCGGGCAGACAGUGCAUUUUCGAGUGGUGACGUUGGACUCGAAGCUGAGACCUGCAAAUGGUUCGUACGAACUCGUGGAGAUGAAGGAUUACCGUGGUAACCGUGUGGCUCAGUGGUUGGAGCAAAGUUCGUCCGGGAGGAUCCUACAGUUGACCUUUGACCUUGACCCUCAUGCCGUAGAGGGAACCUACUCUGUGUCUGUGAAGGUCAAAGGUCAGAGGCACCCCGUCACUCCUCACACAUUCGUGGUGGAGAAGUACGUUCUGCCAAAGUUUUCUGUUGAAGUGGAGGCUCCAGAUGAAGUCAGCAUCGCUCUGGAAGAACUCUCCUUUAAAGUGUGUACAAAAUACACGUUUGGUCAGUCGGUGCCGGGGCAGGUGGAGGUCAGUGUGUGCAGAGACUUUGAACCACAGAGAUACAUCCUGAGUCCAAAAGUAAACCCCCCUGUGUGCCACAAAGAAGUACAGGAGGUGCCCAAAGAUGGCUGUGCGUCCUUCUCCAUUCCAACAUCUCAGUUUAAAAACAUCUCUCGGUUGGAAGCUGCAUACAGCAUAAACGCCAUGAUGAUCGAAGAGGGAACAGACCUGAAGCAGUCUGUGACGCAGAAGAUCAAGAUCUCGUAUGAAAUUGGAAAAGUGGAGUUUGUGAAUCCUCCCAACAGAUACAACCCUGGUGAAGUACUGGAGCUGCAGGUGAAGGUGGUGCAUUAUAAUAACACACCAGUCUCCCACACUGAGGUCCAUCUGAUCACAGAAGAUGACGAUGAGCUCCAAAAGCUGAAGACUGACCAGGACGGACACGUUACCUUCAGCUUCAACACCAGCUCCUACUCAGACUCUGUCGGUCUCAUGGCCAGUCUGUAUGAACAUGACAGGCACAGUCACUUGGAGCCUCACUUCAGCACUGCGUUUCUGCAGCUGCAGGAGAUCAAACCUGUCUCCCUCCACACCAGGACCACCAGUUCUCUGGAGGUCAAGGGGGAGGACCGGACCCUGGCGUGCGGGGACAAAGAGAGCUUCACUGUGGGCUACUCCAUCGUGGGCGAGGGCCAAGGGACCAUCAACAUCAUCUACCUGGUCCUGUCCAGAGGAGUCAUCGUUAAAUAUGGACAUUACAGCUCGUACAUGGACACAAUGAUGGAAGGGGAGUUGACCUUUGACCUGGAGAUCACAGGUGACCUGGUGCCCGCUGUGACCGUGGUGACCUACGCCGUCCUGCCCAGUGCCAAUGUCAUCGCCACAUCCAGAGAGUACUCCACAGAGAAGUGCUUCACCAACAAGGUGCAGGUGCAGUUCUCUCCUCCCUCCUCCGUCCCCGGGGAGGACAGCUCUCUCUCCGUCUCCGCUGCUCCUCUGUCUCUGUGUGGACUCAGCGCCGUGGACAAGAGCGUCCUCAUCCAGAAACCAGGGAAAAGUCUGGACCCAGACAAGUUCCUGUCCCUUUUGCCGGUCCAAAGGUCAGAGUCUUUUCCUGAUAGUAUUGAGGACCCUCAGGAGUGUACAAAAGUGCGCUCCAGACGAGAUAUUAUUCUCCGAGAGAGGAACAACGAGGAUGUUUACCACGAACUCAAGAAGCGAGGACUCAAACUGGUGACCAACCUCUUCAUCCGGACGCCCUCUUGUGUGAACUUCAGAGGGAUCGAGUACCACGGGCAGUCCCCCGGACUGUACAGAACCGGCAUCAGGUUUUCAGAUAUUCCUGUGAUGAUGAAUAUGAUAAUUCCUGAGGCGCUAAUAGAGUAUGACAGUGAUUCUCCUCCUCCUCCUCCUCCCAUCGUCACGGUCCGGACCUUCUUCCCCGAGACCUGGAUCUGGGACCUUAUGGAAGUGGGACCCUCGGGCCAGGCGUCUCUGUCCGUCUCCGUCCCAGACACGAUCACGUCCUGGGAGACGGACGCCUUCUGCCUGUCCUCGGAUCAGGGAAUCGGACUGGCAGCCCGGCAGCAGCUCACCGUGUUCCAGCCCUUCUUCCUGGAGCAGGUCCUGCCCUAUUCCAUCAUCCGAGGAGAGAGCUUCAUCCUGAAGGCCACGGUCUUCAACUACCUCCAGUCCUGCAUCAUGAUGGACGUGCAGGCGGCGCCCUCUGCUGGCUUCACCCUCACGCCUCUGUCCUCAGACCAGUACAGGUCGUGUCUCUGCGGCAACGAGCGCAAGACCCUGAGCUGGAUCCUGCUCGCCUCCUCCCUCGGUAACACGGCAACACCACAGUAAAGACACACUGCGGAACCUUCUGGAGGCGCUCACUGUGUCAGCCCACGGAAACACAAACAUAAA